UUUGUAUUAACCAUUCCAUUUUCAUUUUGAAUACUAUUUGCAUACAGAUAAUAAUGGCUUCAGCUCCAAAUAUCUUAAGUUCCCUCGAGUGUGAUAUCUGCCAUGAAAAAUAUAAACAGCCCAAGAUACUGGAUUGCCACCACAGUUUUUGUGAGGCAUGUCUGGAGCAAUACUACACUACUAGCUAUGGAGGUCAGGCAAAAGUUCCUUGCCCCUUGUGUCGACAGAAGACGGUACUUCCAAAGACACGCAUUCAAGGACUGAAAACAAAUUUCCAUUUGAUGGGAAUAGUUGAUGAGGUCUCACGCCAAGAAAAGCUGGCUUCUUCAGUGAAACAAACAUCAAAAGAUCAGUACAAAUGCCAGAAACACGAGGGUGAAGUUAAAUGGUUUUAUUGUGAGACAUGUGAAGAGUUAAUCUGCCGAGCUUGUACUGCAGUAGACCACUGUAAACCAAAACAUCACUACAUUGACUCCAGAUUGGCUUCUAGCAAAUACAAACAGUCACUGAAAGAUAUGUGUCAAGAUUUCACUACGGACAUCAAACGACUUGAACAAGUUUUGGUCACUUUAUCACGAGCUAAGCAGAAGCUUACACAGAACGUCACAAAGACUGUGAAAGCUGUGCAAGACAAAGCGGAUAAAAUGAGGGCUGAGAUAACAUCUCAAGAGACAAAGAUGAUUGAAGAGAUCAAACAACUCCAGCAGGAUCGCGAUAGAACAUAUGAUGAGAACCAGUCAGCACUUACAAUGAUGCUACAAACUGUACACCAUUCACUGGGAACAUCUCAGGAUUUCAUUAGCACUGCAUCUGACAGUGAUUUUUUGUCCCUAUACCCCGUCAUCAGCAAAGACUUGAAAUCACUCAGGAAUCGAAAUCCUCCCAAGAUUGAUCUCAAUCUUUCACACCUGAGCUUCAUCCCGGGUCAGAGGAUUGGUGACAUCAAUCUGGGCAAGCUGGUAGUCAAAAGCAAGUGGAAGAUGUGCCGUGCAUUAGGGGAAGAGGGAAGUGGUCUAGAGCAGUUCAAUGUGGCUCGAGGUAUCACCGCUACUCAACCAGGUGAGAUUGCUGUGGCAGACUAUUGGAACAACCAAGUGGUCAUCUGCAGCAAUGAGGGACAACAUAAGGGAACCAUUCCCUUCAAAUCACAAAAGAACAAUCUGCCUGAUGAGUAG